AUGGCGUCCGCCUUCUCCUCGGACGUGUUCCAGGACCCCGGGAGCGGCACAGGGCCCACGGCGCUGAGCUCCGGGGAGGAAGACGCGGGCGGGGCGGGCGGGGCGGAGGCAGCGCUGGGGUUCCGGGCCGCCAUGGCGGCUCUGUACCUGCUGGUGUGCGCGGCGGGGCUGGGGGGGAACGGGCUGGUGAUGGCCGCCACGCUGAAGCUGGACCGCCUGCGCAGCCCUGCCACGGUCUUCAUCUUCCACCUGGCGCUGGCCGACGGGCUGUUCAUGCUGGGCCUGCCCUUCCUCACCGCGCAGAGCCUGCUGGACCGCUGGCCCUUCGGCCAGGCCGCCUGCAAGCUGGUCAUGGCCCUCGACGGCGUCAACCAGUUCACCAGCGCCUUCUGCCUGACGGCCAUGAGCGUGGAGCGCUGCCUGGCGCUGGGCCGGGGCCCGGGGGGCCGGGGGGGCCCGGGGGGCCGGGGGGGCCGGGGGGCCGCGGGCCGGGCCUGGGGGGUGGCGUUGGGCCUGUGGCUGCUGUCUCUGGGCCCGGUGCUGCCCGUGGCGCUGCACUUCUCCGCCGACAGCGGCCUGUGCGCGCUCGACCCCUCGUCCUCGGACUCGGAGGCCUGGUGGGCGGUCUUCCUCGCCUGCACCUUCGUCCUGGGCUUCGCCCUGCCGCUGGCGGCGACGCUGGCCGCCUACGCCGCCCUCCUGUUGGCCCUGCGGGCGGGGCGGCGGCGUCGCCGCGGCGACGGCGGGCGGUCGCCGGGCGCGGAGGCGCAGCGGCGGGAGAGGCAGGUGACGCGCAUGGUGCUGGGGGUGGUGCUGGCCUUCGCCGUGUGCUGGCUGCCGUUCUACGUGCUGAACUUCUGCGCGCUGGCGCGGCGGGGCCCGGCGGAGGGGCCCGCGUUCGGCCGGGCCUUCCAGGGGGCCGUGGUGCUGUCCUACGCCUGGAGCUGUGCCAACCCCGUGCUCUACGCCUGCCUGUCCCACACCUUCCGCGCCCACUUCCGCACCCUCCUCCGCUGCCCCAAAGCCCGGCGCCAUGACGACGCCGCCGUCACCGAGGGAUACGACCUCCGCGACAGCACCGACCGGCAGAGCCAGGUGUAG